CUGGCCAAAGGCAAUGAGCAGCGGAGCGCGGAGGAGGGGGGCAACCACGUGUGAGAUGUUGAAAUCGCCCCUCCUUGGCCCCCUCUCGGGCGGUCCGCCUCCUGCCCCGCCGAUCGUCGGCGCGGUUGGCUUCUCGUCAUCGGAGCGCCAACGCCGUGGACAUUGGGCUUCAUCAUCAUCACCACGAUCACCCCAUCCGUUGCUUGCUACCAAUCUGAGGCAGCCGAGCACACACCUCUCAUCUCCUCAACUCAGACUACUGGCCAGUUCGCAGUCAGCGUCACCGACACGCAUUGCAGGGUUUAGGCCCUUGCCACGACUUUUUGCUGCGACUGAGCAGUCGCGUCGGCUACUCCCAGCCCACAACACCACUUCGCCACCAUGUCUUCCCAGAAGUACUACCCCUCGUCAUCCUCGUCAGCCUCUGCUGCCUCUUCGUCUGUGGUGAACACCCCUGCCACCAGCAACGAGAGCCUGCGCAGUGACUACUUCAAUCAGAGCCAUGCCAUCCAUGCGCCUAUGAAGGAAGCAGAGGAGUCAGAGGAGGACCAAAGACAGAAGAUGGCGGCCAUGGAGGAGCACGGCAAGAGAUUUGCAGCAGCUCGUGAUGGCCUCGUCUCGACAAUCAACGAGACUGGCGGCAUCCUCACUUCGCUGCGCGACUUCAACAAGCAGCGAUGGAUCGUUCACUACCCAGCCAUUGAUCGUAAGCCCAGCACACAGCAGAUUCGUCAGCGACAGGCUCUCCGCCGAAGCAUGUCCGUCGAUCCUCGAGAAGAGAGCGACAACUCCGCACCCCAUCAGCCGCGUCUGCAGCGCAGCUCGACGACGGCUCCUGGCAGUGUCCCCGCCACGCCUUCGCAGAGGUCCAUGUCGCCGGUGACUAUCGUGCUCAACGAUGAAGAGGACGUCGAAGAGGCAGAUGACCAGAGCGAGAUGUCGGUGCUGCGCCUCGACCUCAAGCUCGGAGCCAUUGGCAACAACCCCCAAGCCCUCGUCCACAGCCUCGAGAAGUCGUCCAUUGCUCAGCUUCUUGACGAGAGAAUGACUUCGUCAAUUCGCCAACUCGACAACCUUCGCAACCGUAUCAGCGACACGCAGUCCAAGGUUCUCGUCACCGGUGACCUCAACGCUGGCAAGUCAACCUUUGUCAACUCGCUCAUGCGACGGCGCUUGAUGCCUGUCGACCAGCAGCCCUGCACCACCGUCUUUUGCGAGGUGCUCGAUGCUGAGCAGACCAAUGAGGGGCGAGAAGAAGUCCAUCUCAUUAAGCAGGGCAUGCUCUACGACUUGCAGAACGACAACACCUACACUCGCCACUCGCUCUCAGACAUCGAGCAACUCGUCGCUGAUGCAGAGGAGCUCAGCCCAGAGGACGCGCCCAUGAUCAAGUGCUACUGUCACGACACGAGGAGCACUCAAGAGUCGCUGCUCCGCAACGGCAUCGUCGACAUUGCCCUCAUCGACGCUCCUGGUCUCAACAGGGACAGCCUUCAAACCACUGCUCUCUUUGCCCGCCAGGAGGAGAUCGACGUCGUCGUCUUCGUCGUCAGCGCCGAGAACCACUUCACCCUGUCUGCCAAAGAGUUCCUCUGGAACGCCUCGAAUGACAAGGCUUACAUCUUCAUCGUCGUCAACAAGUUCGACCAGAUCCGCAACAAGGACAAGUGCAAGCGCCUGGUGCUCGAGCAGAUCAAGCAGCUCAGUCCGCGCACCUACGAGGACGCAGAGGAGCUCGUCCACUUUGUCGACUCUGACUCCGUCUUCGGCGGCGAUGAUGUAGAGUCCUCGACGCCCACCGAGGACAAGAAACAUGCUGGCCAGAGCCUUGCGACCACUUCGUCGUCGGCGAUGAGCUUUGCCCGCCUGGAGGCCUGUCUGCGCGACUUCGUGCUGCAACGCCGCGAAAAGAGCAAGCUCAUGCCCGCUCAAACCUAUUUGCUCCGCCUCCUAUCGGACAUCGAGUUCCUUGCUCAGACCAACCUCGGCGUAGCAAAUGCAGAGCUCGAAGAGGCAAAGCGUCUUCUCGCUGAGGCCCGUCCCGCCCUCGCGCAAUGCAAGGCUGCUCACAACAAGAUCGAGGCCCAGCUCGAGGGUGAAGAAGACGGUGUCGUCACUCAAGUUUCCCAGAAUGCCCAGGCCGCCUUCAACAACGCCAUCGACCUCAUUGGACAGGGUAAGCCAGCCUCACUACAGGCCUCUCUGCCGCCAUACCCCGGCUUCUUCUCUGCGUUUGAGUACAGUGCUGCUGUGCGACAGACCUUCGUAGAAAGUCUCGAGCUCGCCGUACGCGAGGCUGAGCAGAUGGCUCGUGUCGCUACGGGCGAGACGGUGCAGCGUAUCAAGGAGAUGGGUGAUGUGCACUUGCCUGGAGACGUCGAGCGUAGCAGGCGCGAAUUCAGGCCGGACGCUAUGUUCGCCAAGCGACUUCGUCGUCAGAACAGCGGUGUGGCUGGGCUUGGUUUGGGUCUUUCGCGUGACAUCACCGAUGCUCGCCUUUCCGACGUCUUCGAUGUCGGCUAUUACGUCCAAAUCAUCACGCGCAGCGAGGACGACAGCCAAGAGGGAGAGGGUCAGAAGUCCUCCAAGAAGUCUUCCCUCGAGGAUGAGCUCGGCCUCAUUUCCACCGUCGGCGUUGGCCUUGGUGCCAUGACCUUGUUGGGCAGCAAAGUCGUCGGCGCAACGUCUGCCCUCGGCGCUGCGGUCAACAUUACGAAUCUGCUCAAAGACCCCACGGUACAAAAGUGGGGACCGCGAAUCGUCUUCGUCGGCACUGCCGGCUUCGUCGCGCACCUCAUCAUGAAUCUGCACAACUCGAUCCCACGCUCAGUCGGUCGUUCUAUGAAGAAGGAGCUCACCGGACGCCGCAGCGCUGGACCCACGGCUCAACACGUAGUCAAGCUUAUCGCCUCGGCUGCUUCGCUCGACUCGACCGCCGUCGCUCCCACCAGCGAGGAGGCUGCUCCCGUACACUUCGCGACUCAACACCAAGAGCGCCUCUCCCGCGAGGUGCGCAAGGUCAUUCGCCUCGCCGGAUGGGACCUCCAGGAGCGCUUCCGUGUCGCGCUCGCUGAGAAGCGUGGUGUUGUGGAGCGACUGGAGGGGCAGGAGGGGAAGAGCAAGGAGGCGAUUGUGUGGUUUGGCCAGACGAGCGCGAGGGUCAAGGAGGUCAGAGGACGAGUAUAUGAGGUAGAGAUCGUGUCGUGACGCGACGCCUCGCACACUACUUUGAUUCUCGAUUGUGAUAUCUAGCGCUAGCCAUAGCCGCCACCGCUCUUGGCUCCCUGGGCUGUCAACUGUACUCUUUCACCUCUUUGCAUCCUCUUCUC